ACCGGUGUGUCUGACGAGCUUCUUGUCUUGAAAAACUGUGGCUCAGCACCAUACAGCUUGGGAUAUCUAUACCAGAGUUGCUGACAUGAGGAAGGUGGCAACAACAAGGACGAGUACAAGGACGAGGGAAAGAGAGGUGAAGGUGUUGAGGAGGUUGACCGUGUAGAAGAUUGAAAAGAUGGAAAGGUCGGGAGAGAGCGGUAUUUCCACAGGACGGGCACGGACAACCUGGGCUGGGGACUUGUGGUGUCACUUUGGGCCUGGCUCGGUGCCGGUUAUCGGCUCUGGCCAAGGUUUUGGGAGAUCGGGGGACAGGAUGGCAAAGUCAAGCUUGCAGACGGGGAAGUAUUUCCAGUGGCCCCGGAUAGGGUCUCUUGUACUUGUUAGAAGAUGGAAGAUGGAGAAGCCCGUUAUCCUCAAACCGUUUCAAAAUUCAUCGGGGAACGAACGGCUUGAAGGGGAAUGGGAUCGUACGAGGGAAACUACAAAAUAAAGGUGCAGGUGGCGGAUGAUGGAUUUGGUGGGGAAAGGAACACCUGAUGGAAGAAUAAUAUCAAUUAGGUACCGAAUACCCAGCCGGGCCACGCAACGAACUGAUUUCUAUGGCCAA